AUGUCAGCCGUAGAUCAAGGUAGCAAUGCCGGAGCCAGUGUCAAUGCCGGGUCGGCCGUUGCCAUUGCCAAUCUUUUGCGCAACCAUAAGGAGCUGAAACAAAGGCAGGGCCUGUUCCAGGCCAAGCAGACAGACUUCUUCCGUUACAAGAGAUUCGUCAGAGCACUGCACUCGGAGGAGUAUGCCAACAAGUCUGCGAGUCAGCCAGAGGUGUAUCCGCCUGUACCUUCUAGCAAGAUCGAAGACCAACUUAAAUCACGGGAAAUCUUCAUUCAACUUAUAAAGGCACAGCUGGUGAUCCCAGUGAAAAAACUGCACAGCCAAGAAUGCAAGCAACAUGGGUUGAAGCCAAGUAAGGACUUCCCGAACUUGAUUGUGUCGAACAAGGCACAGUUGGAUGCCGACGAGUACUUCGUUUGGAACUACGACCCCAAGACCUACAUGGACUACGUGAUCGUCAUUGGUGUCGUGUCCAUCAUACUGGCCCUUGUGUGCUACCCGUUGUGGCCGCAGUCCAUGAGACGUGGUUCAUACUACGUGUCUCUGGGUGCCUUUGGUCUCUUGGCAGCCUUCUUUAUCGUCGCUAUUGCAAGAUUGAUUCUAUACGUUUUAUCACUGGCUGUCUACAAAGACGUGGGCGGGUUCUGGAUCUUCCCCAACCUGUUCGAAGAUUGCGGUGUGCUGGAGAGUUUCAAGCCAUUCUACGGAUUCGGUGAAAAGACUACCUACAGCUAUAUAAAAAAAAUGAAAAGAAUGAAGAAAAAGCAAGCCAAGAGAGAAACUCAUAAAAAGAAAGCUAUCGACGAAAAAACUGUCCAAAACUAG